UUUAAUUCAGUAUAGUCCUUCGAUUCAUUAUAAUAGGAUAAAAAUAUAUAUAUUCAAAUAUGUACAAGUCAAGUGUGUAUAUAAUUCUGUUCUUCAUAGCAGUGGAAUUUUCAUCUGCAUAUUUGAAACUUGAGGAACUUGGAGAGAAACUAUCGAAACUGGCACCGGUGUUACACAAUACUUGUGUCAAAAAAACAGGAAUACCCGAAGCUACAAUAUCAAGCAUGAGAGAAGGAAACUUUGAAGAAGAAGACAAAUCAGAGGAAUAUGUCACAUGCAUAUGGCUGGAAUCCCAAAUUAUCAAACCUGAUGGUACUCUGAACAGGGAUCGCAUGAUGGAACUUUGCCCUCCUCAGAUAAAAGAAACAGGUCCGAAAAUAGUACUAGGGUGUUGGGAGAAAGUUGAUGAGGUGACUCCCCUGGAGAAGAGAGUAUACGAACUGCAGAAAUGUUUCUACAAAUCUGAUCCAGAGAAUUAUAUUAUGAUUUGAUGAGACGAUGAUACUGACCCGUAAAUUGAGGCAGCCCUCCUGCGACCGUGGAUUUGGA